GCCCGUAGAAGGUGAGAGAGUAUCUGGAAGAGACGACUCGAGUACGCGACUGCCGGGAUCGAUCGGAUUAAACUCGAAUUUAGUGAAAUUAACACAAAGGAGAAAACGAGCCGGUGAAGACGGGAUACCGACACGCCGAACAUUAUAAAAUAACUUGAAUUUCGUAAUUUAUUAACGGACCAGAAAGGAUUGUACUGGAGAUACUAACGGGAGUUCAUUUGAGAAACCCUGAAUUGACCAAGCUUGUUGGGUCCUGUAACCUGUCUUUGCCUGACUCUGCAUUCUCAUUCUCUGGGAGAAUUAGGGAAAUAUGGAGUGACAUGCUGCAGAUUAGUUAGCGGAUUAGAGGCUUUGAGGUCAUCCACCUCUGUGUGAGCGCAGGUUCCCUGGAGCCUCAUUCCCCCCCAGCAGCAAUGGCUGACCCGGGGAUGUUGAGCCUGUUUGGGGAUGAUGCCAACCUCUUCUCGGACGGGCUGGAGGGCCUGGGGGACUGUGGCUUCCCCCAGGGCCAGCCCAACCCCAUAGGACAGCAGGAGCACCAGGGCUACGGGUCGCUCUCCUCCAACUCACUCCACCACCCCUCGCAGGCCGGCCCCGGACAGCCCAAGAUGGGCCACCCCUACGACCCCUUUGCAGGCUAUGAGCAGCAGCAGCAGGGCAACGGUCCCGCCGUCAACGGCAUGGUGACCCCGCACUCGCGCUACCACAACAGCCCCCAACAACCCGGAGGGGGGCACCAUGUCUACCCCAGAGCCCAAGGCGAUGGGCACGGGCAGUCCUUCCCUGACGGAGGAGCCGUAUGGGGCCCCCAGACUGGCCCCGGGCAGGGCAGGCCUCCAUUCCAGCAGCAACAGGCAUCCCCCCAGGCCCCCUCUCACCAGCAGCACGCACCCUCUGGGCCCCAGGCCCCCUCCCACCAGCAGCACGACCCCUCAGGGCCCCAGGACCACGGCCACCGUAUGGGCCCCUACAUGGGCCGUUCCGACUAUGCCACUAUGCAGGGCCACCCUGGCCAGACCCAGACGCCACCCAGGAUCAACCACUUCCCUCCGGGCAUGGGCCAGGAGCCCAACCACUACAUGGGCCACGUGGGGCUCCAGCAGAGCUCCAGCAUGACAGGCCACCCGGCACAGCAACAGCAGCCCCCCCAGCAGUUCCUCCACCGGCCCGGCCAGGGCCCUGUUCACACCCAGGACCACAUGGCCUCCCACACCUCUCACCAGCAGCACCAGGGCUUGGCCGGGAGGCCACACCAGAACAUGGGGUUCAACAUGCACGGCCAGGCAGCCUCUCCUGGUGCUGUAACCAGCUCAGGCCCGUACCCCCCCUACCCCCAGUACGGCAACCUUAAUCAGGGAUUAGCCGGCAGUGCAGGGAUGUGUCCCGGCAUGAGCCUCAGCAGCACCAGCAACAACAACAGUAGUGCCAGCGGGCCUAUGGGGCCAGACCAAGUCCAGUGUUACCCCAACGCGGGGGGGGCCCCACAGUGCUACCCGGAUCCUCAGGUACACCAGCAGCCUGUCCACCCCAACCAAAUCACCGGCCAGCCCAUGCACCCCUCCCAGCCCCAGGCCACCCCCCAUAAGCAGCCCCACCUCCCCACACCACCUCAUGGAUCUUACGGCUCUCCCACCUCCAUGUCUCCCAUGAAGGGCAUGAGAACCACCGCGGUCACACCUCCGCCUCAACAGGUCCAACCCCCUAGUGCAGGUCUUGCUCCCGAGGUAGGGGGGUACCCCGGAGUGCCAUUCCAGGCCCCUAACCCCAUGGCCCCCCCUCAGAGAAACACCACUCCCCUGGGCGUGCAGCAACCGCAACAUCAUUCCCAGCACCUCUCCCACCCACAGCAGCACCCCCACAUGUCCCCGAGCCAGCAGCUCUACCAGGGUAUGUCCCCCAACCAAAGAGGCCCUCUCGACCAGGUGAGACCUCCAGGUCCUAUGGCCCACGAUGAGCAUCCAGGGCCACAGGACCAGCGGCUGCUCACUCCCCAGCAACAGGCACCCAAAUCUGGGCUGCAGCCUCCUCCCAUGGCCUUCCAGCAGCAGGUGCACCCAGCCCAGACCGCUUUGCCCCCAUCGCACGCUCAGACACAUCUGGCCGGCCCCCACCACCAGAGCUCCCCGCCCAACCAGCCACCUUGGGCACCGGCAGGACACCAGUCGCCUCCAACCCCCCAGAAAGUGCCUCACAUUCAGUAUUCUACGUCAUCUGAGAUGACAGCUUCUGACAGGACACCCGCUUCGGGGGCUAACCUCCAGCCAGCCAACCGUGACAAGAAGCCCACCGAGCAGAAACCAAAAAAGAAGAAAGCGAAGGUGAUGGUGGAGGGGGAAAAGAAGCCCAAAAAGAAGAAAGGAUGUAUAGAGGAAUGUGGCGAGGAGGGGAAACUAAAGGUCGGGGACGGUCCCUGGGCGGAGGUUAACUGUCUGACAGGUGCCCUGGAGGAAUCACUUGUGGUGAAGACAAAGAAACCGAAGGAGCCUAAAGAGCCCAAGACUCUGAAAACACCCAAGACCCCCAAAGAGCCCAAGGAGAAGGCCAAGAGCACUACCCCCAAGGUCAAGAUGCCCAAGAAGCCCAGAAGCACUAAGAAGGUGGAGUCAGCGGAGGGCAGUGGCAGCAGUGUGAAGGAGACUAAGAGGAUGAGGGAGCCCUCUGUCAGCUCCGAUGUGGAGAAGUCACCCCCAGGCCCCUCCGAUGAGGAUGACGAUGAUGACGGUGUCCAGAAGCGUCGUUCCAGUCGUCAGGUGAAAAGGAAGCGCUAUACAGAGGAACUGGAGUUCAGGAUCUCAGACGAUGAUGUUUCCCCCGCUCCCAAGUCGCCCUUCAACACCUCUGAACAGCAGGAGGUGGAGACAGAGGGGCCUGUGGUGGAGAAGAUCCUGUCCAUACGCAUGGGGAAGAAAGAGAUGGAAUCGGGAGAGAAAAUGGAAGUGGAAGAAUUCUAUGUCAAAUUCAAGAGCUUCUCCUACCUGCACUGUCGCUGGGCAGAUCUGGAGGAGCUGGAGAAGGACAAAAGGAUCCACCAGAAGGUCAAGCGGUUCAGGGCCAAACAGGCCCUCCCCACCUUCGUGACAGAGAUGGAUGACGAGCCUUUCAACCCAGACUAUGUUGAGGUGGACCGGGUACUGGACGUGUCAGAGAGCACAGAUGAGAACGGAGAGCCUGUAAAGCUGUACCUGGUGAAGUGGUGUUCCCUGCCCUAUGAGGAUAUAACUUGGGAGCUAAAGGCCGACAUCGACCAGGCCAAGAUCGAUGAGUACGAGGCCGUGGCGGCCCGUCAGCCCGAGACCAAACGCGUGGAGCGACCUCCCACCGAAAACUGGCAUAAAUCCGAGAGUUCCAGGGAUUAUAAAAACGACAACGCACUCAGGGAAUACCAGCUGGAGGGAGUGAACUGGCUGCUCUUCAACUGGUACAAUACACGGAACUGCAUCCUAGCAGAUGAAAUGGGCCUGGGCAAGACCAUCCAGUCCAUCACAUUCCUCUAUGAGAUCUACCUGAAGGGGAUCCACGGGCCCUUCCUGGUCAUCGCCCCCCUCUCCACCAUUCCAAACUGGGAGAGGGAGUUCCGCACCUGGACCGAACUCAACGUGAUCGUCUACCAUGGCAGCCAGGCCAGCCGCAAGACCAUCCAGGCCUACGAAAUGAACUACCGCGACGUGCAGGGUCGUGUGAUAAAGGGAGCGUACAAAUUCCAUGCGGUCAUCACCACAUUUGAGAUGAUUCUGACAGACUGUCCGGAGCUGCGCAGCGUCUCGUGGCGCUGUGUGGUCAUCGACGAGGCUCACCGCCUCAAGAACAGGAACUGCAAACUGCUGGAGGGUCUUAAGAUGAUGGACAUGGAGCACAAGGUGCUGCUGACCGGGACCCCCCUGCAGAACACGGUGGAGGAGCUCUUCAGUCUGCUCAACUUCCUGGAGCCUGAACGCUUCCCCUCUGAGAACACCUUCAUGCAGGAGUUUGGAGACCUCAAGACUGAGGAGCAGGUCCAGAAGCUGCAGGCCAUCCUGAAGCCCAUGAUGCUGCGACGUCUCAAGGAGGACGUGGAGAAGAACCUGGCCCCCAAGGAGGAGACCAUCAUCGAGGUGGAGCUGACCAACAUCCAGAAGAAGUACUACCGGGCCAUCCUGGAGAAGAAUUUCUCCUUCCUGUCUAAAGGUGGACCGGGAGGAGGAGGUGGUGCAUGGGGAGGCGGAGGUGCACAGGUCCCCAACCUGCUCAACACCAUGAUGGAGCUGAGGAAGUGCUGCAACCACCCCUACCUCAUCAAUGGUGCAGAGGAGAAGAUCCUGGACGACUUCCGUGAGAACCACCAUGCCGAGAUGCCCCAAUUCCACCUACAGGCCAUGAUCCAGGCAGCGGGCAAGCUGGUGCUGAUCGAUAAGCUGCUGCCCAAGCUGAAGGCCGGGGGACACAGGGUCCUUGUCUUCUCCCAGAUGGUGCGCUGCCUGGACAUCCUGGAGGACUACCUCAUCCAAAAACGGUACCCGUAUGAGCGUAUCGAUGGCCGUGUGAGGGGUAACCUCCGGCAGGCUGCAAUUGACCGCUUCUCUCGUCCGGACUCUGACCGCUUUGUAUUCCUGUUGUGUACCCGGGCCGGAGGUCUGGGCAUCAACCUGACCGCUGCCGACACCUGCAUCAUCUUUGACUCUGAUUGGAACCCCCAGAAUGAUUUACAGGCGCAAGCCAGAUGCCACAGGAUUGGCCAGAGCAAGGCAGUGAAGAUCUACAGGCUGAUCACCAGGAACUCCUAUGAGAGGGAGAUGUUUGACAAGGCCAGCCUCAAGCUGGGCCUCGACAAGGCUGUGCUGCAGUCCAUGAGUGGCCGAGAAAAUGCAGCCAACGGGGUUCCACAGCUGUCUAAGAAGGAGGUGGAGGACCUCCUCCGUAAAGGAGCCUACGGAGCUCUGAUGGACGAGGAGGACGAGGGCUCAAAGUUCUGCGAAGAGGACAUUGACCAGAUCCUCCUGAGACGAACCCAGACCAUCACCAUUGAGUCCGAGGGCAAGGGGUCCACCUUCGCCAAGGCGAGCUUUGUGGCUGCUGGGAACAGGACUGACAUUUCCCUGGAGGACCCGGACUUCUGGCAGAAGUGGGCCAAGAAGGCGGAGCUCGACAUGGAAGCCAUCAAUGGACGGAACACCCUUGUGAUUGACACUCCCAGGGUGCGGAAGCAGACACGCCACUACAGCUCAAUGAAGGAGGACGAAUUGGCAGAGUUCUCCGAGCUGGAAAGUGACGGCGAGAAUGAGAAGCCCUUGACCAAACUCAGGCGACCCCAGGACCGAGCUCACGGGUACCCCCGCAGCGAGUGCUUCAGGGUGGAGAAGAACCUGCUGGUUUAUGGGUGGGGUCGCUGGGGAGACAUCCUGUCCCGCGGGCGUUUCAAGCGGCCCCUGCAGGAACAAGACGUGGAGACCAUCUGCCGCGCCCUGCUGGCCUACUGCCUGCUGCACUACCGUGGCGACGAGAACAUCAAGCGCUUCAUCUGGGACCUCAUCACGCCCUCUGAGGACGGACAGAGCCGCACACUCACCAACCACUCCGGUCUGUCUACUCCAGUACCGCGGGGUCGUAAGGGGAAGAAGGGGAAACCAGCCCCACCUGCCCCUCCCCAGCUCCCCAGGGCAGAGUGGCUGGCCAGCUGUAACCCUGACCUGCUAUUGCAGGAGGACAGCUACAAGAGACACCUCAAACACCACUGUAACAAAGUUCUCCUGAGGGUCCGUAUGCUCUACUAUCUGCGACAGGAAGUCAUCAGUGACCACGCCGACAGGAUCCUAGAGGGAACAGACUCAAGUGAAAUGGAUAUCUGGAUCCCUCAGCCUUUCCACGCCGAGGUGCCCGCCGAUUGGUGGGACAGCGAGGCAGACAAAUCGCUGCUCAUCGGUGUCUUCAAACACGGCUAUGAGAAGUAUAACUCGAUGCGUGCCGACCCUGCGCUGUGUUUCUUGGAGCGGGUGGGCAUGCCCGACGCCAAGGCCAUCGCUGCAGAGCAGAGGGGGGCGGACAUGAUGGCAGAUGGUCCGGAGGGAGAGGAUGAAGACCCCGAGUACAAGCCUCUCCGCAUGACCUUUAAAGAUGAGAUGGAGGACUUUGCGAACUCGCCCCUGGAUGACAAAGACGAGACUGUGGACGUUGAGAGUGGUGAAUCUAAACCAGGUGAGGAUGUAGCAGGCAGCAGAGGGGCGGGUCGUCUGUACUGGCCGGCGGCCUCGGCCCUCACCGCUAGACUCCGCCGCCUCAUCACGGCCUACCAGCGCACGCACAAGAGGGAGCAGCUCCGCCAGGAAGCCAUGGCCCGGCCCGACGGACGCCGCCGCCGCCAGCCCAGAGAACAUCUCUUCUCCAUGGUCACAGACGGAGGGGCCUACGUGCAGGAGGACGGAGCCUUCAUGGCAGAGGGAAGUCCUUAUAUGGCCAAGGGCGGAGCUUUUAUACCUGAGGCGACGGUGCUCCCGGCGGAAGGAGGGGCCGCCUUCAAAGAGAGGCGUCAGAGGUGGACCAGGCGUGAGGAAUCAGACUUCUACCGGGUUGUGUCCACGUUUGGUGUGAUCUAUGACACGGACCGCCAGCUCUUUGACUGGACCCAGUUCAGGGCCUUCGCCCGGCUGGACAAGAAGAGUGACGAGAGCCUGGAGAAAUACUACUUCUCCUUCGUGGCCAUGUGCAAGCGGGUGUGUCGCAUGCAGGUCAAGGCCAACACAGAGCUCCCAGACCCUACCCUGAUCAUCGACCCCAUCACGGAGGAGCGCGCCUCACGCACCCUCUACCGCAUUGAGCUGCUGCGUCGCAUUCGCGAGCAGGUGCUGCCCAACCCCCUGCUAGGUGAGCGCCUGCGCCUCUGCCAGCCUAGCUCCGACCUGCCUGAGUGGUGGGCCUGCCGCCGGCACGACCACGACCUCCUCCUGGGCGCCUCCAAGCACGGCGUGAGCCGCACUGACUACCACAUCCUCAACGACCCGGCGCUGGGCUUCCUGGAGGCCCACAGGAAGUUCACCAAGGGGGCAUCGGCUGGGGUGCCUCAGCCGCCCCGCGAUGGAGCUCUCUCUACUGCUUCUUCCUCUUCUACUGAGCAGGCCACAGCUACUGCUGGUGCUGAGAAAUCCUUACCUGUCCGAGAGGAGGAAGAAGGGAAGGAGAUGAAAGAGGAAGGUGAUGAUAUUCCAUGUACUAAACCUGAGAAACCAGACGAAGGCAAGGAAGAACAGAUGGAGGCGAAGAAGGAAGAGAAGGCCGGGUCUCCCAAGAAGGUGAAGGACGAGGAGGAAGAGAAGGGAGAGGAGGAAGACAGAGAGGAGAAAGUGGAGGUUACCGGCGACGCUGACGGAGAGACUUCCAAUGAGGCCAAACCCGAGAAGGAUUACAAAGCUCCCACUGAGGAGACCAAGGACCAGGACAAAAAGCUGGACUUCCAGGAGAAAACAGAGUCUCCUAAAGCAUCAGAGUCUCCUAAAGCAUCAGAGUCUCCUAAAGCAUCAGAGUCUCCUAAAGCAUCAGAGUCUCCUAAAGCAUCAGAGUCUCCUAAAGCAUCAGAGUCUCCUAAAGCAUCAGAGUCUCCUAAAGCAUCAGAGUCUCCUAAAGCAUCAGAGUCUCCUAAAGCAUCAGAAGAGCAGGGAACCAAGAAGGAAGAGAGAGAUGAGAAAGAAGGAAGCCCUGCCAAGUCUCCUAAACCAGUGGCUGAGAAAGGGCCCGGUGAGGAGAAGAUGGAGGAAGACGACAAGUCUGAGAAGUCCUCUCAAGCUGAAUCAGGCGCCACCUCAGAGCAGAAGAACUUUGACGAGGAGAGCAACGCCUCACUGAGCACCACAGCCAGAGACGAGACCCGCGACGGGUUCUGCCCCGAGGAAGAGCCCUCUGCCAUCCCGGCCCUCCGGGAGAGAGCCACCUCAUCCUUCUGGCCCAAGGACCGUGUCAUGAUCAAUCGCAUGGACAACAUCUGCGAUGCGGUUAUCAAGGGCAAGUGGCCCGCCAACCGACGCCAGUUCUUUGACUUCCCGGGCCUGUUGCCUGGAUACCCCGGCCCCAUGAUGUCUGAAAGCCCCAUGCCGAGGCAGAGCCUGGCCGAACUGUCGAUGGCAGCGGCCGCUCAGACCAACUUCAGUGGCAGCGAGGACCUCACCCUCUCGCCCCAGGUUAAUGAGGAUGCUCUGAGCAUAUCAUUGCCGAAGCAGCGUCGUCGCAGGCGGCGGAAGGUGGAGAUAGAGGCGGAGCGUGCGGCCAAGCGCAGGAACCUGAUGGAUAUGGUGGCCCAGCUCAGAGAAUCUCACACUGCAGAGUCCCAGAGCCAGGCCAUGGAUCUUACCAAGGGUAUUCUGCACCAGCACCAAAAGUCUUCAGCGCCGUCCCCGGUGAGCUACUCCAGCAGCAUGGUGUCACCUGCUGCCCUCAAGGCACAGAUGGAGCUUCUGCAGGCGGCCACACCCUCCAGACACAGGGCCAACUGCUCAUUGGCUGAGGCUGACCUGCCCACCAGGAGGAGGCGGGGCCGCAGGAAAAAUGUGGAGGGGCUGGAGCUGCUGUUCAUGAGAGGAGCCACGGAGGAUUCAGAGAGGACCAAAGCUUCAGUGGAGGGGUUGCAGAUGCCCCCACGUUCCCACCGCCACAACAUUCCCAGCACCUCCGCCCGUGUCCCCUCUGUCAGCGCUAUGGAGGACAGGGAGGCUGGUACCCCCUCUAACAAAGACCUGAGUGACUGGCUCAGACAGCACACCACAUACACCAUGGACAUGCCUACUGCGUACACACCAAAGAGUGAGGAGACUCUCCUCUCCUCCCAGUUCCCCAAACCCAAGCAAAAGAGACACCGCUGCCGGAACCCCAACAAGAUCGACAUCAACACGCUCACCGGAGAAGAGAGGGUUCCCGUGGUCAACCGGAGAAAUGGAAGAAAGAUGGGUGGAGCCAUGGCCCCUCCCAUGAAGGAUCUUCCCAGAUGGCUCCUGGAGAACUCAGAUUUUGCCGUCGCUCCAGACUGGACUGACAUUGUCAAACAAUCGGGCUUCCUCCCUGAGGCCAUGUUCGACCGUCUCCUGACUGGGCCCUUGGUGCGUGAGGAGGGCGUCCGUCGUCGGGGAAGACGUCCCAAAUCGGAGAUAGCCAAGGCAACAGCGGCUGCCUCGGCUGCAUCCGCUGGGGGCCUUAACCCCCUGCUGAUAAACGGCCUGUUUGGAGGCAUGGACCUCACCAGCUUGCAGGGCCUACAGAGCCUCCAGAGUCUGCAGCUGCAGCUCAUGGGCUUCCCCGGCAUGGGGGGGGCUAACGCUAAACACUCCUCGGCCAUGCUGCCUCUCAUGCUGCCUGGCAUGGCUGGUAUGGGCGUUCUGCCCAACAUGUUUGGCCUGGGAGGCCUGUUCGCAAGCAACCUGGCUGCAGCCUCCCAUGCUGCAACCUCCAAUGGCACCAACAACGAGGACGAUUCGGACGAGACAUCGAAGAGAGACGCCAGGGGGGGUGGAGAAGAGCAGGAUGAGGAGAAGGAUGACACUGGGGAGGAGGAAGAGUCGAGCAAGGCUAUUGGGGAGGCUGCGGCUCUGAAUGUGGCUGCUGCCGCUAUGGCCGCCUCCGGCAUGUCGGCUAACUCCCUGGCCUUCAAUCCCUUCCUGCUCUCCACCAUGGCCCCGGGGCUCUUUUCCCCCUACAUGUUCCUGCCCCCUGGCCUGGGAGGUCUCACCCUGCCUGGCUUCCCCCCCACUGCCCUGACCGACCUGCAGAGUGCCAUGGCUGGAGCCAUGGGGGUUGCCUCUGGAGCUCAGGGCCAGGAGAAGGAGCCCAGCCAGGUUGCCCUGGACUGCCCUGCUGCCCCUACCGCAGACCCAGAGACUGCUGAUGACAGUGACUCAGCUGAGAGCCUGGAGAAGACUGCAGAGUCGUCUGCGCUAGAAGAUGAGACCUCCGCAUUGGCAGGGGAAGCCGACUCACCGGAAGACCUGGAGGAAGGAGAGGAUGCCCUUGAGGAGGAGGAGAAGUGACUGAAUCUAACUGGCCUUUGAACCCCCCCCCACCAACUUGAUAUCCAAACAUAUGAAUUUGUUUUUUCAUUUUUUUUUUCAUUGUUUUUGUUUCUUUCACAGGUAAACAUUUAAAUCAGGGAGAGCAUAUGUAGCUAAAAGGCUCUUAAUGUAUUGUUAAUGGCAUAGUCAGGGAAAAAGCUAACUGAAGUAGAGUUUUGCGGAUAUUUUAAGGGUGUUAUUUUUGGUCUUUGUUCACUGAACGGUGCAUUCUAGAUGAAAUGGGAAAUUUCCUCAAAUAUUAUUAUAGGAAUUAAUCGUUCCAAUAGUGCUAUGCUGCUUUUCUGGUUCAUUUAUUAUUAAAUAUUUUUGUGGAUAUUGUGACAGUAAGUAGCAUCUCGUAUCUCUCCAGUGGCGUGCAAUUUAACGGCAUUAAGCGUCUGUCUAUAUGCUGCUGAUGAAAAGGAUCAUGGGUAAUUUAGAUUUUGCUGUUGUACUGUUCUGCUUUUAAGAGCAGGAUGAAGUUCUCACAAAUCAGAUGGCCUAAUAAUCUGACUGUUCCCAGUCCCUCACUGACGAUCACCCACACACACCCGACUGUCUAUUCCUGUAGUCUUACACUCUAACAAUCCAACCUGACUGUUCCCAGUCCCUCACUGAUGAUCACACCCACACACCCGACUGUCUAUUCCUGUAGUCUUACACUCUAACAAUCCAACCUGACUGUUCCCAGUCCCCCACUGAUGAUCACACACACGUCUACACCCACACACACCCGACUGUCUAUUCCUGUAAUCUUACACUCUAACAAUCCAACCUGACUGUUCCCAGUCCCUCACUGAUGACCACACACACCCGACUGUCUAUUCCUGUAGUCUUACACUCUAACAAUCCAACCUGACGGUCCUACCGUCACCCUCCAACCGUUCUUCUCCCAUUACCCUUCUCAGUACCUGUUUUCUGUCUACUAUUAACACCCAUAUUGUCUGACUCUUCCAAGUCACACCGGUUAUAGAAACAGUUUUCCAGUUUCACAGCGACCGAUGGCCCCGAGUCUCCUGCCUGUUUUUAGUCUGACACUGACAAAGCCGAGCAGAGGAGAAUCCUCUCUCCCACAACGCGAGUGAGACAGCAAUAACCGAAGGCAGCUUUUGAAUGUUUCAAACAUCGCUCUCCCAUUUAAACACAACUACAAGUGUUGGUGAAAAAGAGAAACGAAAUUGCAUACAAAUGAUGACAUUAAAACGUUCUGCAAGCAAUUCGUCUCACUAUUCCUGAUGAUGCACUGGUGUAAGAGUAAAAUAAUCAGGUACCUUUUAUCUUUGAAUGGACUUUUUGUUUCUUUUAGCCACCAAGCUGAACAGCAUUACCUCAAUUCUAACUAACCUUGAAGUUUACAGACAUACGUUGUAAAUGGGUUUUUUUGUGUCUGUUAUUUUUUUGGAACAUCGUAUGAUGAACUGUUAUGACGCUUUUAAUAAAAGUGAAUCAUGAUAUUCGCCUAGGAAACCAAACCCAGAGUGCUUGUUGUGACUGUUUUGGAAUUAGAUAUUAAAUGUAGAUGUCUAUUUUGAGUGUUAAAUGACGUUGGUUGAUUCAUGGUGGUGAUAUUGUCAGAAAGCAGCAGAAAAUGAAGUAAAUACCCCAGAAUCUGAAAAUAAAGGGUUUCUAAGUGCAGAUGGACCACUUUA